AUGAUAACAACUCUGGAACUUAGUCGCAUAACAGCCUCCCGCGUCGGAUCCGCCAUCUGGUACUCCUUCUGGGACAGCCUGUACACCCGUGAGACCCUGCAAGUAAUAACAGACUUCGUCAAUCAAGCCCGGCGACGAAUCGAUUCCCUCUUCAACAAAACAGCAACCCGCCUCCAUACAAUGCUCAAUCUCAUCCAUACUUCCGUCCGUUUCGCUGCGACUGCGGCGCAGAUCAUCUGGGAAAUGGAAAUCAUCGAGGAGCACGCUUACUGGGAGCGUGAACACCGGCGACGCAAGGCUGCUAGGAUUCUCGAGAAGAUGCGCGCGCAUAUUCAGAAUGCGACGUGUUUAGUUAUUGAUGAGGACAAGUUGACGGAUAUGAAAAGGGGAAUUUUCAGUCUGGAUGUGCUGUGUGAUUAUUAUCCACAUACGCUUGCGGAUGGCCAUACAGCUGUUGUGUUGCCGGUUGGUGAGCCUGAGUCGCUGCCGUGUUUACAGUAUGAUCCGAGUUUGGAUCAUAGGAGUGGCACCGUGUUGAUACAUAAUGCGAGGCAUUAUCGAGUCGCGCCUGGGUAUCGACCCGUUGGAAAUUAUUAUCUUGAUUCGACGAGAUUGGUCUAA